AAACAUUUACACAUCCCCACUUGAUCUUUUCACCAACACACCCAGAUAAGUGCUUUAGAGAGAGAUAGCAAUAAGCCAUGGUAUCCUUUCAAGCCCCUUUUCUUCAAUUUAUUGAUCAAAAGAACAUGAUUUCAGAAACUGAUGAUCAUCAUGAGAGAAAUUCAAAGAAUGUUAAAAGGAAAUGGAAUGAAACUCAAGAAGAUGAAAUCAUUCUUCCUUUCAAACAUUGGAAAAAUCCAAAACCUAAUUUUCCAACCACUAAGUCUUCUUUUACUGAUGUUGAACUUCAUCUCGAGUCACCGUUGCCAUCAGAGUGGCAACGCUGCCUCGAUAUUCAGUCAGGAGAAAUACACUUCUACAACACCAGAACACAAAAAAGAACACUGAAAGAUCCAAGGGAAAGCGAAUCAGACCCACCAAGUCCUAGGGAUUCUCAUCACAUGAGCUUAGACCUUCAACUUAACCUGCCUUGUGCUUCACUCAACUAUAAGUCCUCUAAAUUAACAUCCCAAAGGAACACCACAUCAACAACCUCACCACCACCAACGCCCACCACGGCCAGGAGUUUCGCCAUCGGAAAAAUCAACAUCGUCGAUAUCGAGCCAGACGAGGAUGCCGGAGAAAUGGUAGCCACCGCAUGUAACCGGUGUCAUAUGCUUGUUAUGCUUUGCAAGUCCUCACCAACAUGCCCUAAUUGCAAAUAUGUACACCCACCAAGCCAGAACGUUUCUUAACCUGUUAUAUUUUUAUAAUAAUUAAUUAAUUAAUUAGCAGUAAGAGCAACAAAUGAACGUGUUAAUAUCUAUUUUAAUUAAGGGGCAAUAACUAUAAUAAUAAGAAUAUUACUAUUUACUAGUAUGCUUUUUAAAUAUAUAUAUAUAAUAUAUAGAUUAUUAUUGGCUAGGUAUAAGAAUGAUCUCGAAUUAACUAGUUAGUUGGCUUCUUAAUUGGUUAAAUUGUAUAUUUGCUUUGAAAUGGAUUUUACAAGUGUAAAUAUGAUGGGCCACAAUGCUAUAGCAUGUAAAAGUUAAGUGGAGAAAAUUGAAAAAAUGUGUUUUAAGGAGCCAUCACAAUCAAUGUUCAAAC